AACAGUUGUCUUUAUUAGCUGUAGUGAAAAUAUUCUUACAAUGGGAAUUUACUUUUCACGGAGUAAAAUUUUAAAGUGGAACAAGUAUUGUGUAGAACAAAACUUAUAGACAUUUCUUUGUUUAUCACAUGACGGUGCACGGGAUGAAAUAAAUCAUAAAAAUGAAUAGUUCAAAUACUUCUUUGUAUCACAUGAAGUCCGGUACUUCUACACUGGUCUAUAACAUCAUCGGAAUUACGAUGUCUAUUUUGUUUAUCGUAGCUCUGUUUGAAAAUAUUUUGGUGCUGGUUAUAUAUCGCUCAAAUAAAAAGCUGCAAAGUAAAACGAACCUUUGGAUAAUUGCUGUGAUAGUGUGCGAUCUACUCAUUGUUCUCAACGCGUUUCCAUUUCUAAUAAUAGCAAGCUUUGCGCAAGAAUACAUUUUCGGUUUGGCUGGAUGUAAAUGGGACGGAUUUGUUGUAACGCUCUUAGGAACUAGUUCUAUAUUCCUUCUAACAGGACUGUCUGUACACCGGUGUUUAAUCAUGAUGUUUGGUACAAGAACACGGUCAUACAAAAGAACAAACAUCAUACUAUGUAUUGUGGCGUGUUUUAUUUUAGGGCUAUUUUGGGGAAUAACCCCUCUGAUAGGUUGGGGAUCAUUUUCCCUAGAAGGAAUAAACAUAUCUUGUGCACCGGAUUGGAGAUCCCAAAGAAUUGAAGACUUGACGUACACGAUUGCCAUGUACGUGUGCGUUUUGUUCAUUCCACUUUUGAUAAUGGCUUAUUGUUAUUUUCGGAUUUUAUUAAAGAUAUGGCGGGAAAAAAGAAAUCAUUCUACUUGGAUACAACAACGACGAGUGCGGAGGGAUAUCCGAGUGACAAUUUCAGUUGCCCUUACAAUUCUUUCGUUUCUUGUCAGUUGGAUGCCUUAUGCAGUAGUGAGCCUUCUUGAGUCAUUUUUCAACAUGGACCUGAUAACAAUUUCACCGAUGCUUGUUCAACUUCCGUGUUUAAUGGCUAAGACAGCUUGUAUCUGGAACCCUUUGGUUUACGUCUGCCACAACAGCCAGUUUCGAGACGCUUUUAUCGAUCGUUUUAAAAUACUACGAAGAUUUAAAAAAGAAAAUAAUGAACGGGAUUCUGAAAUUUCUCUUGACAGUGCACGUACAUUCCGCGUGAAGAAUCAGCUUUCUCAAAAAUCAAACAUUAACGGAAAGAUAUCUAAACUAUGAAAUAUUGUUAACUUUGUCUAAUCACCAAGGAUAAGUACAGUAAAUAUUCAAAAUGGUACAACAACGAAAUAUUUGUUUCCAAUCAAAAUUAUGAUGAUAGCACAACAUUUAUUUUUGAAAGAAAAAAAGACAACACUAUGGCUGAACAUAACAGUUAAAAUUUUGUACCAUUGAUGAAAAACAAAAAGAAGUCCAAUAAUACUUAUCAUAAUGGAAAAUGAAAGAUAUAAUAAUUUAUUAUUUCCAUACAAAAAUACAGGAUUUUUUUCAUAUGGAAUCCUUUGGAUUUCACGUGAAAUGAAGGCUUCUGUUUAUUCUUGAAAAUGUAUUUUUUAGUUGAUAUAGAAAGUAAUAAUUUAAAUUUUAUUUUUAUCCUCGAGGAUUUCUAUCAACGAUGCUAAUCUACUAU